UAUAAUUUUAUUUCAUUUUUAAAAAUAAAGAUAAGUAACAUCCUUAUCUUUUCGUUUUCCUAAUAGCUAUUACGCCUGUAGUCAUUGUUUGCGUUGCCCAGCUUCAGUUUUCAGCUAUUCACCUUCGCCUUCUAAAUCCAGGGAUGAAACUCCAACGUUAGCUAUGCCAAGUAGAGGAGAGGAGGAGAAACUGGGUAGGCCUAACAAAGAACGAAGGAACUGGGUGGCUAUUCCGUUGUCGCCUUGUGCCCAAUAGCCUUACCAUCACUCUUGUCCUCUAACGAAUUGUAGGAUGGAAGCAUUACAGUUCCAGUGUCCCAUGAUGGUUAAUCGAACUAUUUCUUGCGCAUUUCCUUCCAGGAAAUCCAAGCAGAAUUUUGGGGUUUCAAAUGCACAGUUCUUGUUCUUUUUUCUAAACCGAUCAUCUCCCAGACCAGUCUCCUUCAAAAUCGAAGCAAAUAAUUCGAAUUUCACUAUCACUUACCUCAUAGAGUCUUGUGGAUUGGCUCCAGAAGCUGCUACUUCAGUUUCGCAGAAGGUGCAGCUGCAUUCAAGAGAGAGACCGGACUCUGUCCUAACACUGCUCAGAGAACACGGCCUCUCAAAAUCUCAGAUUUCAAAUAUCGUCAGGAAGCGUCCGUCGCUCCUUUUAGCCAAUCCCAAAGAAAUCCUUUUGCCGAAGCUCGAAUUCUUUCACUCCAUAGGGAUUUCCAGGUCUGACCUCGCAAGAAUCCUCGCUGCAGACCCAACCGUUUUGACAAGAAGCUUGGAGAAACAGAUAAUUCCUUCUUACCAUUUUCUCAAAAGUGUGUUGCUGUCUGAUGAGAAGGUCGCUUCUGCCUUGAAGCGAACGUCGUGGAUUUUUCUGGAAGACCAUUCGAAGAAGCUCUUACCAAAUCUCUCCGUUCUGAGAGCAACGGGUGUGCCAGAAUCAUGCCUUGCAUUGUUGCUCGCUCAUUUCCCUGAGGCGCUUAUUCAAAAGAAUGAUCAAUUUGUGAAGACCGUUGAAGAGAUCAAGGAGAUGGGAUUCGAUCCAACCAAGUCGACAUUUGUGUUAGCGAUUCACGUAAUGGCAGGUAAUAGAUCGAUAUAUAAUCGCUGUUACGAGGUAUACCAGAGGUGGGGCUGGUCGGAGGAUGAGAUUCUAAUGUCAUUCAGAAAGCAUCCGAAUUGUAUGCUUCUAUCGGAGGAUAAAAUAACGAAAGCAAUGGACUUCCUCGUGAACAAGAUGGGUUGGCCUUCGGGGAUGAUAGCGAGAUGUCCAGUGGUGUUGUUUUUCAGCCUGGAAAAGAGAAUCAAGCCUAGGUGUUCAGUUGUUCAGGCUCUGCGAUUGAAGGGGUUGAUCAAGAAGACUCUGAGCUUGUCUACCGUGCUGUUGCCGGAUAAGAAGCGUUUCGUGGAGAAGUACGUGGCAAAGUAUGAGAAUCAGGUGCCUGAACUGUGGAGUGUCUAUGAGAUGAAAGUGGAUUUUAGGAGCGUCAUUUGAAUUUGCAGAACCUCUCUCUGCCACUUUGUAGCCUCUUGUUGAAACCGCUCAUUGAACGAAUUAAACGGCGUUUAUGGGAAUCCUAGUUCUGUAAUGAACCAUACUUUAAUCCCUA